CUUUUAAAGCUGCUGGGCCCUGAAAUUCUAUUCAGCAGUUUGAAAUCAAUCCACAGUUUUCCACAUUCACCCUCCCACUGGGGGCUAGCACACAGGCAUCAAUAGCUAUUGAGAAAACCACAAAAACUUCAAAACAGCUACAAAGGGAAAAAGAGAGUAUUGUCCCACUUCUUGACUUCUAGAUACCUGGAUUCGUUGCUAAAAAUGAAGACUUUGCAGUCAACACUCCUGCUACUGUUUAUGCCUCUGGUAAUGCCAGCACCACAAGUGCAGCAGGACUCACGCGUUAUUUCUGACUACGGAACAGAUCCUUUUGAAGAGACCUUAUUUAGUCAAGAUUAUGAGGAUACAUAUCUGGAUGGAAGAAAUAUUAAGCAGAAAAAAGAAACUCUGAUGCUAACUGAUGAGAAAAGUCUUCAGCUACAAAAUGAUGACAUCAGUACACCACCACCCCCAAAGAGAGAAAAUGAUGAAAUGCCCACGUGCCUGUUAUGUGUCUGUUUAAGUGGUUCUGUGUACUGUGAAGAAAUCGACAUUGAUGCUGUCCCACCAUUGCCAAAGGAGUCAGCCUACCUUUAUGCACGAUUCAAUAAAAUCAAAAAGCUGACAGCCAAAGAUUUCGCAGACAUACCUAACUUAAGAAGAAUCGACUUUACGGGAAAUCUGCUUGAAGAUAUAGAAGACAGCACAUUUUCAAAACUUUCUAUGUUAGAAGAGUUGAUACUAGCUGAAAAUCAACUACUGAAGCUUCCGGUUCUUCCUCCUAAGCUUACUUUACUUAAUGCAAAAUACAACAAAAUCAAGAGUAAAGGAAUCAAAGCAAAUACAUUCAAAAAGCUGAAUAACCUCUCCUUCCUCUACUUGGACCAUAAUGCCCUGGAAUCUGUGCCUCUUAAUUUGCCAGAAAGUCUACGUGUAAUCCACCUUCAGUUUAAUGACAUAACUUCAAUUACGGAUGAUACGUUCUGCAAGGCAAAUGACAGCCAUUAUAUUCGGAACCGGAUUGAAGAGAUACGUUUGGAGGGCAACCCCAUUGUCCUGGGAAAACAUCCUAACAGUUUCAUCUGCUUAAAAAGAUUGCCCAUAGGGUCAUACUUUUAACCACUACCACUGUGGCAUGUAUCCUAAGUACACAGGUAUAUAUAAUCUGUCUCAACAAUGUCUAAAGGAAUAUAGAUAUUUCUUUAACACUAGUUCUAUUUGAUUAUGAAAACUGUUCUAAGCAAGUAUGUUAGAUACCUUUCCAUAUAACAAAUAAAAAAGCUGAAUCUGUGGUCCAGGAGGUGGCGCAGUGGAUAAAGUCUUCGAUUCUCAAGUGUGAGGUCCUGAGUUCAAGCCCCAGCAGCACAUGUACCAGAGUGAUGUCUGGUUCUUUCUCUCUCUCUCCUCCUAUCUUUCUCAUCAAUCAAUAAAUAAAAUCUUUAAAAGAAAAAAAAACUGAAUCUAUAGAUUCAAAAUAAAUUAAUGUGAACUACUUAGACUGCAAAAUCCUUGUAGUUUACAGUCAACUGUCAUUUAAAAAGUAUGAUUUUACGUAAACACCCAAAUUUAAGAAGCAUUAUUUCCAUUAUGAGUGAAGGGAGAGAAUAAGUAAAGGAAACUUUUUAACUUUCUUUCCUGUGGUUUAUAUAGUCAGGAACUCAUUUAAGGCAGACAUCCCCAAAACUCCGAAAAGUGAAAUAUUUCCAGUGAGCUCCAUUUUUCCCCCUGUGAUUCAUACAUCCUUCAAUUCUGAGGUGGAAACUUUUUUCUACUAAGGCAGCUAUCAUUAUUUUUACUUAGUCUGAGAAACAGGAUAUAGAAUCAUACCUCAGUAAAACUUUCUAAAUACAGCUUACUUGGACUCUUCAUUAAAAAGCCAUUAUGCAAAACUAUUUUGCUUUGUAGUCACACAAUUAUGGGCUUUAGGAAAAAUUUUUUAUCUAAAAAUUAAUGCUUUUGAUAUACCAUAAAACAUGUCAGGCCCUAAAAUGGUUCAAGUCACCCCAUUGUAUGAGUCACCCCAUUUCCCACAAAACAACGAUAUAAUUCUCUAUUGUGAAGGCUUUCAAAUAUGAUAGAUACUGAAAAAUAGUGUUGUUUUUUUACAGGAGAGGAAUGAGAAUCUCAAUAAAUUUGUCAACAUGUAAGACUUGAAAAUAAAGUGACUGCCUGUUGUUAUUGUAUAUAA